CCCCCCUCCACCAGGAGGCAUCCAAAAGCCCUUCUCUGCUACUGCCUGCCCCCACCUGUCCAACCUACCUGGCAAAGUCCCGCCUCCAUCCCCUCCCCACCUGCAGCAGCAGCAGCAGCAGCCUGGAUACGCUCUGCACGUCCUGUUCAAACAAGCCGUUUCUGCGUUGGCUCAGGCAGGGGAGGGUCGCUGGGGGCUGACACCCAUGAGGCCGAUCCGAGCUUUGCUCCAGUGAGGUGUAGCUUCACAUCCUUGGCAGAAGGAAGAGGGGGGGGCGGCAGCAUGGGGUCAGACGAGGCUUACAACUUUGUCUUCAAGGUGGUUCUCAUAGGAGAAUCUGGGGUUGGAAAAAGCAACUUGCUGUCCCGCUUCACCAAAAACGAGUUUAGCCACGACAGCCGUACCACCAUCGGGGUGGAGUUCAGCACACGGACGGUGCAGCUCAACAGCUUCACCAUCAAGGCCCAGAUCUGGGACACAGCCGGUCUGGAGCGGUACCGGGCCAUCACCUCCGCGUACUACAGAGGUGCAGUUGGAGCCCUGCUGGUGUACGACAUCACCAAACACCUGACGUACGAGAGCGUGGAGCGCUGGCUGAAGGAGCUGUUGGACCAUGCCGACCAACACAUGGUGGUAAUGCUGGUGGGCAACAAGACGGACCUGGAGUCUGAGAGAUCUGUGCCCUCUGAGGAGGCCAAAGACUUUGCAGACAAGAACGGCCUGAUGUUCCUGGAGACGUCCGCUUUGGAAUCCACUAAUGUAGAAGCAGCAUUUAACGGCGUCUUGGCAGAGAUUCACAGGAAGGUGAGCAGCAGAGAGGUGCUGCGAGGCCCCAUCAGCGCUGUAUCGCUCAACAGCUCCGGGGCGGAAAGCACGGAAGAGAACAAGCCGUGCUGCAGGAACAUCUGACCGUGACGCCCUGUACCUGCUGAGGAGCAGCCUUGGAUGCAGAAAUGACUGGUUUUUAAAGGACUGCUUCCUGUGCGGCACGCUGCUGAUACGCCACAAUGACAGCGGGAAUGCGAGUGGAUGUCGACUCACGGGGAAAAAACACCACGACCGCGAUGCAGAAAACUGAUGUGAUUUCUUAUCAAAUCUGUAGCUUGUUGACAUCCCAUGCACUGAAUGGUGAUAAGACGGAUUUGAUUUCUUUUGAGGAAUAAAGAUGUUUUGACAAUGAAA